AAUGUUAGCCAAUAGGAGCCGCUCUUGAACACUAUAAAAUAAACGCUCCAUCACACACAGACCUUCACCAGAGAGCAGCAGAACUUUGGAGUUCUGAAUCACACGGCUGGAGUUUUGUGUCUAACGCGCCAUCAGUCCUCAGGGAGCCUCCGCUAUGCCUUUCGGAAACACCCACAACCAGCUGAAGAUGAAGUACUCGGCUGAAGCAGAGUAUCCUGAUCUGACCAAGCACAACAACCACAUGGCUAAAGUGCUCACCCCUGCCAUAUAUGAGCGCCUGCGCAGCAAACAGACACCGAGUGGCUUCACGCUGGAUGAUGUGAUUCAGACUGGAGUCGAUAAUCCAGGUCACCCAUUCAUUAUGACUGUGGGCUGUGUGGCUGGAGAUGAGGAGACCUAUGAGGUCUUUAAGGAGCUGCUUGACCCAGUCAUUGAGGACAGGCAUGGAGGAUACAAGCCCACCGAUAAACACAAAACUGACCUGAACCCAAACAACCUCAAGGGUGGGGAUGAUCUGGAUCCUAACUAUGUGCUGAGCUCUCGUGUGCGAACUGGCAGAAGCGUCCGUGGCUUUUGCCUGCCACCACACUGCAGUCGUGGAGAGAGGAGAGCUAUUGAAAAACUCUCUGUGGAAGCUUUAGGUGCCCUGAGUGGAGACCUGAAGGGAAAAUACUUUGCUCUGAAAAAUAUGACUGAAGCAGAACAGCAGCAGCUGAUUGAUGACCACUUCUUGUUUGACAAACCUGUAUCUCCCCUGCUGUUGGCCUCUGGAAUGGCCCGGGAUUGGCCUGAUGCCAGGGGAAUAUGGCACAAUGACAACAAAACAUUCCUUGUGUGGGUGAAUGAGGAGGAUCACUUGCGUGUCAUCUCCAUGCAGAAAGGUGGCAACAUGAAGGAAGUGUUUAAUCGUUUCUGCACAGGCCUCACAAAGAUUGAGGAGCUAUUCAAGAGUAAGGGGCAUGCGUUUAUGUGGAAUGAACACCUGGGCUACGUCCUCACCUGCCCUUCUAACCUGGGCACAGGUCUGCGUGCAGGUGUGCAUGUCAAACUCCCCAACCUGAGUAAGCACAACAAGUUUGAGGAGGCGCUUAAGAGAUUACGCCUUCAAAAGCGUGGAACAGGUGGUGUGGACACUGCUGCAGUAGGUGGUGUGUUUGAUAUCUCUAAUGCUGACCGGCUGGGCUUCUCUGAGGUGGAGCUUGUUCAGAUGGUGGUAGAUGGAGUGAAGCUGCUGGUGGAGAUGGAGAAGCAACUAGAGAAAGGCAAAGCCAUUGAUGACCUAAUACCUGCUCAAAAGUAAAUUCAGCAACCAUCCUUCCACCUCACUCCUCCAGAAUGCCCAUUUUCAUCCCCACUCCAAAUCAACUACUAUGAGGUUAAUAAAAGAAUGUAUAUUGUAUUUAAGAUCCCUUUAUGGUGACAAAAGAAUUAAACACUCUGCCAGUUUAAUAUCUGUCUUGUUCAAAUAAAUAUUGAUGAUAAUAGAAGCUAUAAAUGAAACUAUUCAUUUGUAUAAAGACAAACUUUCCCCUGAAUUGUAUUUGAAGUUAAUUACAAUUCAGUUCAUUUUAUUCUCGUCAUUCUCGUUUGCGUAAAUAAGCCAUUUGUAGGUGUUGAAGUGGUUAUCUAAAAUGUUCAGUACAGUAUAUUCUAGGAAUAAGAGCUGUACUCUACUUGUCUGCUUAGUGCCCUUGUCUACCUUCCAAUAACCAAGGCAAGCGAAAGCAUGUAUUUUCACAAUGCUGGAGUACACACAUGCACUUUCCAGAAGAAUGGACACUUUGAGUAAUGAAGGGUAUGAAAGAACAAUUAAGCCUGCAAGUGGCAAUCUUGUACAGCUGUUUUAAUAUAAUCCAUAACUGCAAGCAAUAACAAGUAGCCCUUUAAAACAUUAGAGCUCUUGAGUAUGAGAAUUUCAACAAUGUAAUUAAAUGAAUAGCUGCAUUAUUUACAAGUGGGAAAUGGGCAUAAAAUAAAUAACACUUCAGUCUUGCAGCAUUCACACAAUGAAGGUGAACUAAAACUGGGUAGCUGGAUCACAUUCAAGUACAAGAACAGAACUCUAAUAAACUUGACUGAGGUGCAGAAUAACAAGCAAUUUAAAAGCAGAAGAUAAAAGCAAAGAUUUUUAUAUAGCCUUUAUACACAGGCUGCUCAAAACACCAAAUAUCUAUAGCAUUGCAACACUGAAGAGGAAUAAAGCAGAGGUGGGAGUAAGUCACAAGUAAGUCUCAAGUCUUAACCCUCAAGUCUCAAGCAAGUCUGAGUCAAUUUUUGUGAGAGUCAAGUCACUGCUUUAUGUCAAGCAAGUCAAGUUGUAGCUUGAGUCAAGCAAGUCACUGGCAAGUCAUACAGAUGUUUGAUGAUUUAUCUAAAUGUAUAUAUUAAAGUUAAAUCUACAGUA